AUGUUGUUCGGAGUCCCGUUGCAUCCUUCUGCAAAGGACGCAUUGGGAACUGCCGCUGAUGAUCCUUCGGGUCCGGUUGUCCAAGCUAUCCGCCUACUUAGAUCGCGGUUCCCUCAACUUUAUAUUGUGACCGACGUAUGCCUCUGCGAAUAUACAGCUCAUGGUCAUUGUGGAAUAAUUCGGGAGGAUGGGACCCUUGAUAAUGCACAGUCUGUUGAUCGCAUCUCAGAUGUUGCACUGGCUUAUGCUGCUGCUGGUGCUCAUUGUGUUGCUCCGUCAGACAUGAAUGAUGGCAGGGUGCGGGCCAUUAAAUUGAAACUGAUCGAGGCUGGAUUAGCGCAUCGUGUCCUCCUGAUGUCUUAUGGUGCCAAAUUCAGCGGUUGUUUAUACGGCCCUUUCCGUGAUGCAGCGGGCUCGUGCCCUUCCUUUGGCGACCGUCGGUGUUAUCAACUGCCACCAGGAGGUCGAGGGUUGGCCAGACGUGCGAUGCAAAGGGAUAUAAGUGAGGGUGCAGAUAUUAUCAUGGUGAAGCCUGCAGGCAGCUAUCUGGACAUUAUUCGAGAUGCUAAAGAGCUUGCAAAAGAUCUCCCAAUCGCCGCUUAUCAAGUCAGUGGUGAAUAUGCCAUGAUACAUGCAGGAGCUAAGGCGGGCGUCUUCGACUUGAAAUCGAUGGCCUUUGAAAGUACGGAGGGGAUACUUAGGGCCGGUGCUGGGAUUGUAGUGAGCUAUUUUGUCCCAGAGUUUUUAGACUGGCUUUAA